AUGGAACAUGCCGGAAGUUGUCGGAAUGCGGUAGUUACUGGGCGGUAUGAAUUUACCCCAUUACGAGUGUCCGCUGAAUUACAUCUAGAAUUGAGAAGUGCUUUUAGCACACAUAAGUGGUGUAGACUAAAUGAUAUUAAUCAAAUUGGUGGUUAUCUAAUAUUAGUUAAAGCAACAGGUGGAGGUGGUGGUAUUGGUGUGCAAAUUUGCAAUAAUGACAAUAAACUUUUAUUAGCAAUACAACAAUGUCGUAAUAAAGCUGAAUUAUAUUUUGAUAAUAAUGAUAUUUAUAUUGAAAAAUAUUAUCCUAAUAGUCGUCAUAUUGAAGUACAAGUAUUUGGUAAUGAUUAUGGUGAAAUUAUUCAUUUAGGCACUCGUGAAUGUUCAAUUCAAAGAAGAUAUCAAAAAAUAAUUGAAGAAUCACCUUCACCUUUUUUUCUAAAUAACAAUGAUAUUAUAUUAGGUAAUUUAUAUACUUGUGUCAUAAAGUUAGCUAAAUCAGUCAACUAUAACUCUGUUGGCACUAUUGAAUUUUUACUGGUUGAGAAUGGCCCAAAUGAUGAUGAUACUGUAUGUUUAUUUACCAAGUGGUACGUAGAAGUACGUAUUUGUGUUGAAGAUCCAAAUCAUGAUUAUAUACCAUCAUCAGGUUUAAUUACAUUUGUCAAAUGGCCAAAUCAUUAUUCUUGGUUAAGAAUUGAUACUUGGAUUACGAUAGUUUUAAAAUCAAUUCAUUUUAUACCAAAUGGUAUAUAUGUGUUGAGAGGUGGUACAGAAACUACAAUACAAAAUUAUCCUGGACAAUUACCUUUACGUGUUUAUGGUAUACAAUCAUGUGGUCCAAUGGAUCAGUUAUCUUGUCAAUUAGCGAAUCUAAUUGUUGGUAAUCAACUAAAUAGUUCCGAAGAUAAACACAAAGUAAGUCGAGGUCUUCGAUCGAUAUCAUUUGAACAUAGCUUUCACUUAUUAUAA